AUGAGCGCACCAGCAGCAGCAGCCCCCGCGGGGACGCACCUCGAUGAGGUCACGGGCGAGAUGGUCUCCAAGCAGGAACUUAAGCGUCGCAAGGCGCAACGCGAGAAGGAGGCGCGUAAGGCCGAGAAGGGACCCGCACCAGCCGCAAAGAAGGCGGACGCUGAGGCUGGCGCACAGAAGGCGAAGGAGGACGAUCUCAACCCCAACCAAUACUUCGAGUUGCGAUCAAGGCAAAUCCAGAAGCUUCGCGAAACCCAGGACCCCAACCCCUACCCACACAAGUUCGACGUCAGCAUCAGCAUCGAGCAAUACAUCAAGAAGUACGGCAAGGACGGCCUCAUCAAGGCUGGCGACAAGCUCGGCCCUAACGAUGCCCAAUCUGUCGCAGGUCGCGUGCAUGAUAUCCGCGAGUUCGGCAAGCUGCGCUUCUAUGUCCUCCAUGGAGAGGGCCACAAGCUCCAGAUCAUGGCCACACCGCAAGACGCCGCCUCACCCGAUACCUUCGCCGCCACACACGACAUCUUCCGCCGCGGCGACGUCGUCGGCGUCAAAGGUAUCCCCGCCCGCACGAAGAAGGGCGAGCUCUCGAUCGCCGCGUCCGACAUGGUCCUCCUCGCACCCAACCUUCACCAGCUCCCCUCAGGCCACUUCGGCCUGAAGGACCAAGAAACGCGCUACCGCAAGCGUUACCUCGACCUCAUGCUCAGCGACGAGACGCGCAAGAUCUUCGUCACGCGCAGCCGCAUCAUCGCCUACAUCCGCCGCUUCUUCGACGCGCUCGGUUUCCUCGAAGUCGAGACGCCCAUCACGAGUAUGGUUGCGGGAGGCGCGACGGCCAAGCCGUUCAUCACGCACCACAACGACUUGGAUCUCGACUUGUACCUCCGUAUUGCGCCUGAGUUGUACCUCAAGCAGCUCGUCGUCGGUGGACUGGACCGCGUAUACGAGAUCGGACGCGUGUUUAGGAAUGAGGGUAUUGAUCUGACACAUAACCCCGAGUUCACCAUCUGCGAGUUCUACAUGGCCUACGCGGACAUGUACGACGUUAUGGAAUUGACAGAGGCGCUUGUUGAGGGUCUCGUCAAGGCCUUGACGGGCGGGACAACGCUCAAGUUCCACCCUGAUGGUCCGGGCGAGGGCAAGCGCGAAGUGACGCUCGACUUCCAGAGGCCGUGGAAGCGCUACGACAUGAUCGAGACGCUCGAGGAGAAGCUGAACGUCAGGUUCCCGCCUGGCGACACGCUCCAUACGGAAGAGGCCAACGUCUUUCUGCGUGACCUCGCGAAGCAGCACAAUGUUGAGUGCAGCGAGCCGAGGACUAACGCGCGCUUGCUUGACAAGCUCGUCGGAGAGUACAUCGAGCCGCUGUGUGUCAGCCCCGCGUUCAUCGUUGGUCACCCGCAAGUCAUGUCGCCUCUGGCCAAGUGGCACCGCUCCAGACCCGGCCUCUGCGAGCGCUUCGAAGGCUUCAUGUGCGGCAAGGAGUUCUGCAACGCCUACACGGAGUUGAACGAUCCGUUCGAGCAGCGCGCGCGCUUCGAGGAGCAGGUACGACAGAAGGCGCAGGGAGACGAUGAGGCACAGGAUAUUGACGAGACGUUCGUUGAUGCGCUUGAGCAUGGUCUCCCACCAACCGGUGGAUGGGGUAUCGGUAUUGAUCGCUUGGUCAUGUUCCUCACCGACUCGACCAACAUCAAGGAGGUGUUGCUCUUCCCGGCUAUGAAGCCACUCGAGACGGCCGCGAACGUACAGGUCGCGAACCCCGGGCCGGGCGGACAGAUCUAA